CAACCUAAACAAACAUUGGCAGCAGCAGCAGAUUACCGGAGCUCGCUAACGAUAAAAUACAAACUGUCAGGGCAUUGCCGUGUAACUUCGUCUUCUUGUAGCUGCGCGUUUUUUAUUAUUGUUAUUAUUAGCAGCAGUAGUAGUAGUAGUAGCAGUGGUAGUAAAAGCAGCAGCAGCAGCGAUGCCGACGACGAAAGCCUCCAAAGUGAAGAGGGUGAAAGGCGGGAAAGGAAAGAAAGACGGCAAACAGGAGUUAAAGUUAGACAAGGAGUCGGACGUGGAGAAGGCCAAGGCCAACGCUGCCCUCUGGGAGGUGAGGUUAAAGGUCAGCCAGCAGUCGCUCGCGGAGUAUCGGGAGGCAUGUCACAAGUUGGCACGCGCCAACGAGCAGCUCACCGGUCAGCUGUACCGCGCGGAGAAAGACGCCAUCGACGCAACGGGCCACUGGCAGAGGCAGCUGGCCUCCAAAGAGGAGCAGGUCCGCCUGCUGGAGAACAGCCUCCAAAGUCAAGAGGCCCUCGCACGUGAAGAGAAGAACAAACUGGCCAGUGACUUCAACAUGCUCCAUGAUGGAAUGAAGAAAAUGAAAGAGAUGGAAGCCCAAAUGGAAAAGGAAAUCAUUGACUUUAGAGAAAGCAUGGACAUUGCUGAAAAGGAGCGCAGGGAAAACCUCAACAAUAUGGAGGACAAAUUCUUCAAAGAGAAGGAACGCUUGGAGAAGGAAAUGAUGGAGCGAUACAAUCGGAUGUUAGCCAAGGUGAAGAAGGACCACCAUGAAGCCAUCAUGCAGCUGGAAGGUGACUUGCGCACUGUGUGCAAGGAGCGUGAUCACCUCAACGAAGCACUGAAAUACCACAAAAAGGAGGCAGAGGACCUGCUGAAAUUGACACAAUCGCUGACCAGGGAAAACACCUCCCUGGCACUGGACAAGGACAUGCUGGAGGUGACGCUGAAGAAGAAUUCAGGUCAUAUGGAGGCCCAGAAAGAGAAGCAGUCUGAGCUGAAGGCCAUGGUCGUAGCCCUGGAGCACACCCUAGAGCUAAAGGCUAGGGAAUACGAGCGGCAGGAGGAGAGGGAGAAGAUGAACCUGAUCAGGAUCCAGGCCAGCGAGGUGGAGUUGGAGAAACUGGAGAAGGUCAUUGCCAUGCGAGAGAAGGAACUGGGGCACAUCAAGCUGCUUGCGAACACCAUCGUAGAGAAGCGCACGGACCUGGAGGAUUUCUUCCAUGAAGCGCUGACUCACGUGAAGCAGGAGAUUGUGGCCAGCAGGCUCCAGUACAAAAAAGAGGCGCUGCAUGGUUAUCGUUGGAGGUUUAGAGAAGCCACAGCAGGAAAGAUAAAGUUCCCACCCAUCCGCACCUUCCAUAAAAGUCCCCACAGUACCAACUCUGUCUAUUCAGACAUGGAGGCAGCUGAGACAUGGAAUCAUCUCCCAGACAGCAAAGUCCAAAUCUCAGAUCUCACUUGGGAGCAGAAGGAACAAGUGCUCAGGCUUCUCUUUGCUAAAAUGAAUGGACAGAAGGAAAGGAAAGUCGGCCAACAUUUGUCUUUGUCUGCCUCCCCUGAGAAGAAGAGCCCAAUUGACAGCGAUGCUGCAGGAAUUAGAGAGGAGCUCACCCCGGCAACUAUCAGCACCAAGGCGCCGGAGUCCGUUCUGCCCUCAAAUGCAAACAGUCUGCCGGAUAUGCACAUCAUAUGACCUUUGUGAGGCCUCUACAUUACGCUAUGGAUGGUUUGCUUUGGCUUUGUUUGCUUCCCAGAGAGUGUCAAUCACAAGUGUAGUAGACUGUAAGAGGUUUGUU